AUGCUCCGCUCCUCACGUUUCAUCAAAGCCUUGCCCGGAAUCCGCCCAUCAACCAGUCCGCACCACACAUUUCAUGCAUAUUCAUCCCGUCCAACCACCUCUCACUCGGUUCGAAACCCUCACGUCACCCCAAUAACCAAACCCUCUUCCCCUCACCGAACUCUAUCCACCACACCAUCCCUCCUCACAACCCAGCAAGACAACUCCGAAGAUUUCUGGGCCGUCCCCGCCACCGACACCACCUUCUGGAACGCCUACGUCUCCACCCGCCCGAACUACUCCCCAGAAUUCUACCGCAUCAUCUACGACCACCACGCAGCCCGUACGCCCUUUCCCCACCGCGUCAACGACGACAACAACCCAAGAUGGGCCCUCGCCCACGACGUCGGCUGCGGCGCCGGCCAAGUCGCCGCCGAGCUAUCCACGAAAUUCUCCCAUGUCGUCGCUAGCGAUAACGCCGCCGCACACCUCGACGUCGCCAAGUCGCGCCUCACAUCCCAAGGCCUGAACGAACCCCAGGUCUCCUAUCUACACUCCAAAGGCGAAGAUCUAGCGCUGCACCACCCAGGGCGGAGGGCCGACCUCAUCGCCGCCGCGGAGGCUAUCGUGCUCAUGGACAUGCACGCCGGGUUGGACUCCUUCGCGCGCGUGCUGAAGCCCGGGGGCACGCUGGCGUGUUGGUUCUACGGUGGUCCGACAUUCACCUCCUCCUCGCCAUCUUCCCAUGGCGACGCCAACAUCAAGCCCCUCGAUCGCGCAAAGUAUUAUGGUCACCUCCUGGCGCAAAGUCAUCCGCAAUUCACCCCCAAACGCAUGGCGGGCUUCAAGCGCUGCGCGGAUCAGAUGGCCUCUUGGCUCGAUUAUCUCGAUUUCGACCCCGGUGUCUGGGUGAAAGUGGAGAGGUAUAAAUGGAAUACGAGGAAUGGCACGCUUGCGUUCUUUGGGGAGGAAGCUUGCGGGUUCCCCGUUCGUCCUGAAAGGAGGGUCAGGGAGGGGGAGCAAGUGACGGAGAAAGAGGUCGAUGAGGACUGGUGGCGCAAUGAGUGGGAUAUUGAGGGUUUGAAGAGGUAUUUUGAGGUUUUGUUUCCGGGGUUCAGGAAGGUUGUUGAUGCUGAAGCGGCGGAGGAGGUGGAAAGGUGUUUCGGGAUGUUGGAGGAGGAGAUGGGGGGACAGGGGGUGAGGAGGGGGUUUACGUGGCCGGUCAGUCUGGUUGUUGCUGGACGGAAGUAG